UGCUGCUUUCUAUGCUUUGCUGUCUAUGCUUUUGACUAGGCAGGUGGCCUCUUCGUUGAACUUAAUUUCUUUAACAUUGUAUUGUUUGACAUUCAAAAUCCCGCUGGAAUGGAUCCGUCUGAAGUGGAAUUCCUCGCCGAAAAAGAGAUGGUGCAGAUAAUACCGAAUUUCAGCCUUGACAAAGUUUAUCUCAUAGGGGGUGAUUUGGGUCCAUUCAAUCCAGGCUUACCAGUUGAGGUACCCGUUUGGUUGGCUCUCAAUUUAAAGCAGAGACAGAAAUGCAGGAUUUUACCACCGGAAUGGAUGGAUGUUGAGAAACUCGAGGAAAUACGUGACCAAGAGAGGAAAGAGGACACUUUUACUCCUAUACCAAAUCCCUACUACAUGGAACUCACAAAACUUCUUCUGAAUCAUGCUGCUGACAACAUCCCUAAAGCAGAUGAGAUCCGCACAUUGGUCAAGGACAUCUGGGACACACGCAUAGCCAAGCUUCGCCUGUCCAUUGACAGCUUCAUCAGCCAACAGGAAGCCCAUGCUAAGCUGGAUAACCUGACCCUGAUGGAGAUCAACACCACCCGCUCCUUUCUGGUGGACUCCCUCGACUGCAUGUACAAGCUGCGCUCCAAUGUCCAGCCAGGGACGUCCGCAGAGAAGACCAUGGACUACUAGAGGGACCCAGGAGUGCGCCACGCUCACUCGCUCACAUGCUUCAGAAGGACAUGUGCUCAAUCUAGACUACUCCCUUUACUGUCCGGCUACACGCCUUCUGAGACGGCCGCAUAGAACUAGGACACGGCCAGAGGUAGUGCAGCUCGGCGUAUGAACGCUGCACUUAAGGCAUGCGGAUGUCAUUUCCGGUUUGUAUGGAGACUCUUUGCGGUCUCUUUGUUUAUAGGAGCCUUCGCGCCCAACCCUCACUCUGAAGCACUGAAUGAAGAGAUACCUGGCCAGUUUCCCCUCCAAAAACACUAACACAAUGUUGUGUUAUAGCCAGACCAGGACCACAUUAAACAUUAGAGAUGCUCUUUAUACAAUUCUACAAGAAGGUAAUGCAGAAUUAAGAGUAUUUGACAGGAAUCAUUGUAACAUGUAACCUUGUUAUACUUCUACAUACAUUGUAAAUAUACCUAGUCAUACUUAUGAAUUGCAAAUAUUGUACACAUUUUUUGCAGUUUAAGGAACACAUUGUGUCCACAAAACCACGACCGCUUAUGACUGGCAACUGAGACGCUUUUGUUGGGAACUGUUAGAAAAUAAAUUGUUAAGGCAUGUA